AUGUCUGGUAUCUUUCUCAUCCUGGCCUUGCGCGGACCACGAUACAACUGGAUCCGCAAAGGGGGAAGCAUGACACCCUACAUUGCAGAUCUAUUGACUGCUUUCUUUGCCAAGACUAUCGAAUUGUCAUUUGCAACAGUCUUCGUUUCGUUUCUGGGCCAAGUCCUUUCACGCAGAGCAUUCAUGAAGAAUCAAGGUCGAGGCAUCACUCUUGCGGAAAUGGAUAUGCGCAGUUGGGUCAUGCAGCCCGGAACGAUGAUUACCCAUUUCGAAGCCCUCAAGUCCAGCAUCUUCUCUUUUCUGGGUGUGCUUUCGCUGGUUGCUGCUGUAGUAGCUAUGCUAUACACCACUGCUUCCGAGUCUCUGGUUCAACCAUAUCUGCGCUAUGGGCCGUGGGAACACGGAUCCAUGCAAGGCCUAGUCAAAACCAUCUGGGCCAACCCCGCCUACCUAGGCGCCAACUGUGGCACCCCCAUCACAGCAACCGAAGAUUCAAUUGCAGGUAACACCUGUCUUCAAAUCCAAUAUGCUGCUCACAGUUACUACAAUUAUCAACGCUACAUCAGUGAUUGGUCUACGAUUUCCAGAAAUGGAAAUGGAAGUAGUGAUCCAGCGUUGAGACCGAAAGGCUUUGCGAUGAUCUUUGAGAAUACGACAGUCAAGGCUCCGUGGGUGGAUUUGGAGUGGAGUAAUGUCACGAGCAAUUCGAAGAAGUUUGGCAGGAUUGUCAAUAACGUGACGUUGGCUUUGCCGCAUGCAGGUGUGCCAGGUGCGGCGUGGGAUGCCGUCAACAAUAUCUUGCAACCAGAGGAUCUGGAUGGUCAAGGCGUCUACCAACUCCAAGCGUCCGUCCCAUCACCAGCAGUCAACGUGCUAUGCGCCCACAUGACAGCAGCAGAACUCGCGCCAAUCGUCUACACAGAAUGGAACAACAACACCCUCAACAACACUCUCUGGCCCACCGGAGCACAAAUGGCCUUCUACCAGCCUGGGACCGAACCCAACGGCACUUAUCUCAAUGCAACCUCCGUCGACGAUAUCUUCGAAUGGGGCCCCAAGUACCUCACUUCACCUCCCGUGUUUCCAAAACUGCCACAGAGUUACAAUACACUGAUGAACCAUACGGGCGUCUAUGGCCGAAAAGCAAUCUAUCUGCUAGGUAGAGACGCAACAGACAACUUUGCUCUGUGCUCGCUAAAAGUAUUCCAAACGCCCUUUUGCAGUACAGAGUACAAUGCUUCAGUCGUGGGAGCAUCUCUAGAAGCAAAAUGUGUCGACGACCCCAAAGACAACCUGACAAACCCCAUGCGCUUCUUCAACACGGCUCCAAAGCCCUUGCAAGGCAACGACACCAUCAACAAAGAUUGGCCCUACAUCGGCACCGAAUGGUCAAACUCGCUCUCCCUCAACGCCGGCAUCGACGACGGACAAGCAGCCAACGCACGUCUCCUCACCGAACUGAUCCUCUCUGCACCUCAACUCCCCAGCGAUCGCCCGUCCAUCGCCGAAGCCCUCGCCGUGCUUGCUUCCUCUACUCUACUCAUGUCCUGGCAAGACGCCCCCUUUGUCCAAUUCUACAACUACAGCUCCACUUUGCUAUCACCAGGCCAAUACCAAUCCUUCCCCGCCACCCUCCGCGCCCAAGAAUACGCAUCGGGGGGUUCAGGCUCUUCCGGCACACAUACAUUUUACCUAGUCCUGUUUUCCAUUUUCUUCAUCAAUGUGUUGUGUUUAGUCUACUUUAUCAGUCAAAAUGGUUUGAUUACUGAUUUUUCGGAACCGUUGAAUUUGUUUAGUCUGGCGGUUAAUAGUCCGCCGUCUGACAUGAUGGCUGGGAGCUGCGGAGCGGGACCGAAGGGAGAACAGUUCAGAGGGAGGUGGUUUGUCGGGCAGGCUGGGGAGCAUUUGUUCAUGGAAAGUGGUGUUGAUGGUGGAGGGGUGAGUGAGGAAGGCAGGGAGGAGCAGAUGCAGAGGGGAAAGGUAUAUGGAUCGGGAGUGCAGGGAUCGAGUCCGUUGAGUCCCAUGAGGGCGGUGUUUGAGAAGAUGAGUAGGCGGAAGAGUUGGUUCUGA